GUUCCCGACAGCAGCAGCAUGGAGGGCUUUGCGAAUGACCCGGCCCAAUCCGAACCUACUCUUGGCCCUGACACCAUCUCAGCCGACCUCUCUCGGCAGCACAGCGUCGACGUCGACCACUCUGGCGAACACGACACCGACGACGGCUCAGGCAAGAAGAAGAAGGGAUCAAAACGGAGGAAAGUAAACCAUGCCUGCCUCUACUGUCGCCGGAGCCAUAUGACGUGCGACGAGGGCCGUCCAUGUCAACGCUGUAUCAAACGCGAGAUAGGCCACCUCUGUCACGACGAACGGCGAUCCUCGGCUAAGGAGAAGGCCCCGGUGUCAAAUUCCUCCUCCAUCACAAAUCCUCCUAUCGACGUCGCCCGAGCCCUCCCUGGUGGCCAGUACGCACCGGUGCAGGUCGCAUCUCCAAUGAACGGAACAUGGCCUGGGAUGGGGAUGAGCAUGGCCCAGGGCGGGUUCAUGUACCCUCCGGAGACUCUGAGUAAUGAGUUCUCCGUGCUUUCGGACUUCCUGGAGUCAUUAGACGACGGCUCCUUCUUCAGCCAACCUCCUGCCGUCGCACCGUCCUUAAUGUCAAGUCCAACAUACGCCAAUACUGUCUCCCUAGGCGUCGACAACCCAUACAUAACCCAGCCUCCCUCACUCCCACCACCCACACCUUCAAAUACCAACCCUGCGCCGGCGGCUCAAGAGGGGGAGAAGCCGGCAGAUGAGCCCGCGCCGGUCGUGCUUCCCGCCCCCUCAAAAACCGAGCGAUUUUUCCUGACCGCCGCAGACCAAGCCUCGGGUUCGCGUAACGAGCGGCUGAACAUGGUCAUUCGGAGCAAGUACGAGGCCGGCCUCUUAAAGCCAUAUAACUACGUCAAGGGUUAUGCCCGAUUAUCGCGCUGGAUGGACAGAAACGUUUCGCAGGAGUCGAAGCAGAAAAUCCUGCAGCCCCUGUCUGUCCUCCGACCGAAGUUCAGAGCUAUCGCCCAGUCGGAAUCACUCACUGACAUCGACCUCGUCUUCAUAGAAGAGGCGUUCGAGCGCCUUCUGCUGGACUAUGACCGGGUGUUCUCCGCCAUGGCCAUUCCAGCGUGUUUAUGGCGCCGCACCGGCGAAAUCUACAAGGCGAACCGCGAGUUUGCGGAACUCGUUGGCGUGGACGGCUAUAUGCUCCGAGACGGACGCCUGUGCAUUUAUGAGCUCAUGGCGGAAGACGCCGCAGUCAACUACUGGGAGAAAUACGGCAAUGUCGCGUUCGACUCGAACCAGAAGGCGGUGCUCACGUCGUGCGUGCUCCGGUUCAAACCCCUCCUGCCGGCGUCUGGCGCGGUCACCCCAGCACGGGGCAGGGACACGCAUCCGCCGCCGGACGAGGAGGGGUUCAUCAGCUGCUGCUUCUCGUUCACCAUCCGCCGGGAUCCCUACGGCAUCCCGACGCUCAUCGUGGGCAACUUCAUCAAGUGCUAGUGACCCCGCUGCGGCCCUUAUUUAUGUUCCUUGUUUUUCCGCGGGAUUGCUAAUGUACAGAACGUGUAGUAGAUGCUGGCGGGCGUCCUCUUUCUUUCCAGGGCGUCUCUUGUUGAGUAUGUUUUGUCGGUGUGCGAGUAGUCUGAUGAUAGAAGUCAAAUACAAUCUAUGGACAUU